AUGUCAAUAAUAACACAAAUUAUCAUUUUUUUAAUACACAUUACAUGUGAAUUUAGUUAUUCGCUGGAUUCUAUACAAAAAAACGUAAGACAUACAUUUUGUUUUACAAUCAAAAGACGAUCGUUACCAAACACGUUUCACCCAGAUUAUUCUGUUCCAGGAAGAAAUGGAUAUGAUGAAUGUUAUAAUGAAGUGUUUAACAACGGUAACUCUGAUUUAUAUUUAAAAAUUUUAAAUCGUGGUACUAAAUUGUUUGCUCAACAAAAGUAUGUGCAAGUUCAUUCGUCCAAUCCUUCCGAAACACUUAGUCACUACUCAACUUUGUUUUCCGAUGAUUCAGCAAGUUGGUUAGUUGAGGAUCUGCCAAAUGAAAAAAAGGGUAAGAAGGUUGAGCAGGUGCCAAUUGAACAGUUGGACGAUCCUCCAGACAACGAAGACUUCAUACUGAACUUCGUAAAUAAUUUUGACCCGGUACAAAACAGCAUGAGACUUAGCUGGUUGCACCCAAUGCCGUGCUGUAUAUCGCAAAUGGCCGCGUUUCACUGCGUAGGGGACUUUAUGCCGAAAAGCUUGAUUCGCAAUUGCUUUGAUGUAACAGAUGGAUCAAACCUGGAUGAGAUACUUUAUACGAAACUAGGACCAUAUUAUAGCACACUAAGCUACGAUUUAUUCUUUAAGUAUCAAAAGGGGUUUUAUUUUGAUAUUGACGGAACCGAUUUUGUAAAGAGUGAAAUAAAGCCAUUGAAAUUGGUAAAGCCUCCAGAUUGCCCAGAAAUGGAGAGUGAGAAGCCGACGCCAUCGAUACCACUAGGCUGGAGAACAUUCGCAGUAUUGGGACUGUUCAACUCGCCGACCGCAAAAGAGGACCCUUCGGUGUACUGGCCCAGCAGGCCGCUGACUGACGGAGACCCUCCUCCGAGGAUAUCGUCGGCGUUGUUUAAAUACGGAGAUAAGUUUAAUAUUAUAGCGUCGAGAGACGCAGUGGCACCCGACGGGUCGCUACUAUACGCAAAAGAUAAAGUGGAUCCUGGAGAGUUCUUUAGAGGAGAGAAGGGAGAUAUGUCAAUAAUAACAUCCGAGCCACCGGAGGAGUACAGAAGAAUAAGCAGGGACACGUACAAUCACAUGAUAUCUGAGGACGGAAUGUGGUUUAAGAAGCACUUUGAAAACGUAGCAGGGUCUCUGUCACUGUUACAGGCACUAUGGGCACGGUUGUCGACAACAAUAAUAAAGUCGACAUCGAAGGUGAUAAGAAUGUACAGACUGAAGACGAGGAAGCAGUAUUCAAAGGAAAUAUUUUCAGCUAGGAAUAGGAUGGACUUGUCGGAGUUAGAUAGGGACCGGAAGAAGGGACCAGUGGAAUUUAAUGUGGGCGUGCUGUAUUUCAUGGCUGCGCCGACCCUUCACCACGCCUUGCAGCUCGUUUGCAGCGAUCCCAUGGCAAGGGCGAACCUAUAUAAGAACCUGCUGAUGUUUGAGGUGGAAGACGCGCUGAAGGACAAGAUGGUUACGCCAAAAAAUGAGGACGUUGACAAUCCCAGGGAAUAUUUAAUACUAGGAAAGUAUUCGCAACAGGAGCCCAUACAUAUGCUGAGUGAUAGAAUGUUGAGGUUUCUGAUCAGGUCGAAUUGCGUCAAGUCGUACUUUGAAUUGAAGAGUCCCCGCAAGGAUAAUUUGACUGACAUUGAGAUGCCUUUGGAGCAGCUGCUGCCGUUUAAGCAGUAUUUGAACCUGAUGUUGAAAGAUAAGAGAGUGAGGAGCGCGUGCCUGAACGUGAACUCGAGUGCGCCCAUAGGAAACCUGACUCUUAUAAAUAAGUUCGAGUUGGACGAAGCAAUAGAGUGGGCACACAGGAACCCAUACACCAGAGCAGGCUGUUACGACAGCCUAUUCGUGACGAUGGCACACGAAGUGGGCUUUUACGGAGAGAACAGCAAGUUUGUUCUGCCAGUGCCAGUGAGCAAAAGGCUUAUGCCGCACGGCCAGGAGUACGUGACAAUAAACAGAGAUCCGAUAAAGAUUUUGGCAGAGCGAAUGAAGCAACACUCAGGACACAUACUUACAGUGCCAUUUAACACGAGUAAAAUAGUGAGAAAGAUGAACCUGAAGACAGAAAAAGUAAAGAAAAAAAUGGCAAAUAGGGCAGACAGACUCGUGAUAACCCUGAGAAAGAGCGUGGCCAACAAAUACACGAGCGAAAACAUAUCUAACCUCUACACAUCGACACAGAAUGAUCUAGAAGACUACGAGGUGCAUGAAAGGGGGAAGUACUCAGUGUUAUUGCCGUCAGACAGACUCGCGGUACGAAGCGGGAAGCUGGCCAAGGUCCAAACAAUGCCGCCGAGCGGCUGGUACACACUGCACAAACUGACGAGCAUACUGGAAGAAAACGCGCCCACGGAGCUGGAUAGGCCGUUUUACGCAAAGUUCCUCAGGGACUACAUAUACGUGUCGCUCCCAGAAGGGCACUUCUUCGAGCCGCUGUACAAGUACACGGACAAGCUCUUCCACGCCCGGGAGCCGGGAGAGCUGGACACGGACGUGAGCAGCCAGGAGAUGCUCAUGCUGGAAAAGUACAAGGUCAAGCCGGUGACGGGGUUCUGGAUAAAGAAGAAGGACUUUUACCUGUUCAAGAACAGAGAUCACGUGGUCAUAGCGCAGAACAAGGAGGGGGGAGACCGGGCGCUCGACGAGAAGGCGCUGAGGGCAAUACUGGUCCAGGACGAGGUGAACAUGGACAUGGUGAGGAAGGGGGCAGGAAAGGAGAGGGUGGACACUGCGAGGUCGUACACGAGGCACGAGGGAAGGCUCAUAAGCCACCUGACGCCGGAGGAGAAGCUGAAAACGGCAUUCACGGUGGAGCCGCUCAACAAAUUCUGCGAAAGAUACACAAAGUCGGACGAUUUGCCGUACUCCAGGUACUACGAGAAGGGAAUUGGGUACUCUGAGGACGACCCGAGGCAUCUGAUGGCACACUACCCAUACGAGGUGUACCAAAUCCACCUGGACUUCAUGGAGAAGCUCGACCGAGGGCUGGUGUCACUGGAAGACGACCCCCUGAAGAUGCUGGUGGAGGGGGAGUACGAGCCGAGUGUGGAAGGCAACUCAGUUUCAACGUGGGAGGACCCUGACGUCGACCUCCUCAACACCACACCAGGUGAGAAAAACGCAUCGCCUCAGUCAAAGUAG